AUGGAGCUAUUAAUUGAAGACCUAGGUGGACCUGAGGUGUGUUCUUCACUUACAAUCAUAUCAGAUCAACAGAAGAGUUUGUUACAAGCGGUACAAGAUGUUGUUCCUGGAGUUGCACAAAGAUUUUGUGUAAGGCAUUUAUAUGCCAACUUCAGGAAGAAAUUCCCUGGAAAGAACCUGAAAAAGCUUAUGUGGAGGGAAGCUAUAGCAACCCACCCACAAAAAUGGGAGAGCGAGAUAAGAUGUAUCAAAGAGGUCAACAAAGAUGCUUUUCGACACUUGUUAUCUAUUCCUCCAAGGUUUUGGUCCAGAUCAAGGUUCACAACCACAGCUCAAUGUGAUACUUUAACUGAUAACAUUUCAGAAGCCUUUAAUAGUGUGCUGGUAAAUACGAGGACAAAACCAAUUAUUACAAUGUUGGAGGAAAUCAGACUAUACAUGAUGAAGAGAUGGGCCACUAAUAGGUCAAGGGCAACGUCAUUUAAGUCAUCAAUUUGUCCAAAAAUACUGAGUAGACUACAAAAGGAGGGACUACAAACAAAGAAUUGGAUUCCCAGUUGGUCUGCACAAAGGCUAUUUGAAGUCAGACAUGUGUCCCAAAGUGGGGAAAAGUUUGUGGUGGAUAUAGAUCAAUAUUCAUGCUUGUGCAGGAAAUGGAGCAUCAAUGGAAUACCUUGUGUACAUGCACUAGCAGCGAUGAGGUUUCUCAACAUAUAUCCAGAUGUCAUGCCUUCAUCAACAAGACAGAUGACUGGUCGUCCUAAGAAGAAAAGGAGGUUAGAGCAAUGGGAGUUGAAGAAAAGUAGCACCAGAGUGUCAAAAGAGGGAUUACUGGAGAGAUGUGGCAUUUGUAGGGAAGUGAGGCACAACAGAAAAAACUGCCCUAAGAGAAACCAGGUGCAGGAAGAGGGACAACAACCCAAUUCAUUACCUGAAGGUGAAGCAGAUGGAGAAUAA